GUAUCAUCAUGGAAACACAUUAAGGAGGAAAAGCUAAAUCACAUGUGGGCUGUUGUUAAGGAUAAAUUUGAUAGUGAUGACAUGAAUAGUCAUCGAGAUCAUGUUUUGGGAUGGAUGAAAGAGUUAUGGAAUAAAUGGAGAGGUCAAUUGCAUGAAAAGUAUGUGAAGGGUAAGCCUAUCCAAGAGGCUCUUAAGAAUAUGCCUAAGGGGGUAGAAAAGAAGAAAUGGGAGUGGUUGGUAAAAGAACAUUUUACUUCAAAAGAUUUUCAGGCGAGAAGCAAUAGAAACGCAAUAAAUAGAGCUAAGCUAAAGAUGCUUCAUCAUAUUGGUAGCAAGCCAAUUAGAGAGAUUAUUUAUCAAAAGGGCGGAAAAGAUGGCAAUCCACCAGAUUUGGCAACUAUCUUUUACGAGACUCGCAAGAAGAAUAACACACUAGUUGAUUCUGAAACAAUCGAGAAGCAUGCUCAAAUUCAAGAAUUGGUGGAGUCUGAACUAUCACUUUCUAGCAUAGAAAUUGUUGAGAAAUGAUUUGGACCUCAAAGUCGUAGUCAUGUAUUUGGCUUUGGAGGUGGAGUAAAAGCAAGAGAUUUGAAAGGUGGGACUUCCUCAAAAGCUGAAUUGUUGGCUGAGCUACGUUCAACUCAAAAGGAAAACCAGUCUUUGAAGGAUUGCAUGUCUAACUUUCAAAAUGAGAUGAAAGAACUGGAGCAAUUAAAAGAAUUUUUUUUAGCGCAACACCCUAAUUAUCAGCCUCCAAUUCAAGAGAAUGACUAUUCGGAUCCUUGAUUAUACCAU